AUGGCGUAUCAAUCGCAGUAUUUGAUAAUUGAAGAUGUGUCAAUUAGCGUAGACGGACAGUUUGCAAAAGUGUUGGAAAAACAUCUAUCCUCGCUAAAGUCGUAUGAGGAGACAACAUUUGAAGAUUCAAUCAACCAACAACAAACACACCUACCUAUGGAAAUUGUUCAAAAGUUUAGUGACAUUGUGUCCCAGAAAGCAUAUGAUUUGAGGGUAGAAGAAUCACAUAGUGGUGCAAUUUCAGAGAAAGAGUUUCAAAAUUGGGAGCUUGAGGCAAAGCUAUGGAAAUUGGUGGGAGAAUUAUACAAUAUUCGUUUGUAUGGGAAUGAGUUUGAACAAAAUGGUCAACUUGAAGAGUUGGAGUCGAUUUUUAAAUGGCUACAAUCGUGUACCCCAACGAGCUCGCUAACAGAUGAUGCAAAAGACGAAUGUACUUUACAGAAGUGGUCAAACACCAAAAGAUCUAUUAUCAAUGCUAGAUACAAAGCUCUAGCUGGAGAUGAUACCAAAGACGAUUUAGUUGAAGAUUUGGAUGUUGACGCACCCUUGAGGAGUAAUAAAAAGAUUGAAUCUGCUGAUGAACAGAUUGACUCGAAAAAUUUCGAAAUCAUAUAUGAUUUGGUACUCGAAGGUGAAAUUAAAGAGGCAAUUGAUCAUGCUAAGGACACAGAUAACUUUGCCCUCGCGCUCAUUCUUGUUGGAGCGUUGGAUGAAGACAAGGAGGAAAUGGUAGACCAGAUUAAACCGAGCUAUGUCAAGUCUACUUGGACCAAACUUGUCUACAACUUGUCGCAAAAUCCAAAAUUGGGUCAUUAUGAGAAGUUGAUUUACGCAUAUUUGAGUGGUGGUGAUAUAAGUGAAAAUCUAGACAGAGCAUCGCGCUCCUACGAGGAAUACUUGAAUGUGUUGAUUAACCAGCUCAUUAUCUACCUCUCUUUGGAAAAAGAAGAGCAUGCGUCAUUCGAAAAUAUUGACAUACCUCCACCACAAGCGAAAUCUAUCAGAGAUAUUUUAAACAUUGUGGCUGCAGCUGAUGGUACAAAAGCAAAAGAAGAGAGUGCCCAUCCUAUUAGAAUCAUAACAGCCUCUGUGAUGAUCAAGGAAAUAGACUUGUUGAUUCAAAAUGUUGAUGCUGAAACAGACGGAAAUAUCAUUAGAAUAAUAACUCAUUUAGCAAUAUUCCUUGCUUUGGUGCAACCGUCGCAAAACCCAGAUCAAUUGAGUGCGUUGAUCACGUUGUAUAUUUCAAAAUUAUCUGAAUCAAACCAAGCUGAAUUGAUACCCUUAUAUUUGUCGUUCAUUCCAGAUGAAAGAGAUGCCAGAGAAACAUACUCGUUGAUUCUCUCUUCGAUAACUGACAAGGAGAAACGUGCCAAGCAAUUGCAAAUUGCAAAGAGAAUUGCUUCGCCACAGGUUGACGACGAUACCAUGAUUGUUGCCGAUGAUACGCCGAAAGAAAUGCUUGAUAAUGUAUUGAGGAGAACGGUUGAGAGGGUGAUGAAUGAAACAGCGCCUUAUUACCAACCUAGCGAUGGAGCAAUUGUUGUUUCUGAUGAUGACGUGGAGGAUGCAGUUAGUGAGGUAGAUAUUAGGCUAUGUGAUGCCGUUGAAUGGUUCUACGAUAACCGUAUGUUUGAAGAUGCUAUAAAUUCGACCAUUGUUGUAAUUCGUCGAUUCCUCAUGAUGGGAAAAUUAUCCAGUUUGAAAAGAUUUGCUGAAGGCAAAAAUUUCAAGAAUCUUGUUUCCGAGUACAAUCUCCAACACACGGGAGAUGAGAGUGAGGAAGUUAGUGAAGAUACAAAACAUGAAUUGAUUAAUUACGAAAACUUUGUCGAAGGAUUGAGGUUGUUGAGCCAAUGGAGAAAAUUUGUCGCUGAAAAACGCACUUACGAUGGGUCGAACGUGGAAACAUCGCUCAAUAAGACAAGUAAAACCAUGACCGCACUUGCUUCAGAGUGGCUUAAAGAUCUACUGGAUCCCAUAUUGGUGGAGUUUAGAUCGUUGUAUGUGCCAUACAUGAUCAUUGAGUUGAUUACAGUUUAUGAAAAUGCUAGACAGAAGGAUUGGAAGUAUAUUAAAUUGGCCUUUGGAUUGGUGAAUCAAGUUGCCAAUGAUGGUGCCAACGACUUCCUUAAGUGCUUUACUUCAAGCGGUAGAUUGCAAGAAUUUUUGGUAAAGAUUGGCCAGUUAUCGGCCAUUGCUAGCGAACGUGGGUUAGAUGGUUUAUACUGUUUAUAA